AUGGCAUGUUGUAUGAGGUGUUCCAGAGGGCUUAAAAUCUGUUGUGGUGUCGCUGCCAUUAUUCUAAUUAUAUUCAUAGUGGUACUAGUUGUCUUAUUCUUCACUGUUUUCAAGCCUAAAGACCCUGAUAUUAAUCUUCAGUCGGUUAAGCUUGAACAUUUUUCUCUUGAGGUUUUUCCUGCACUGGCAUUAAAUGUAUCAUUAGGCACAGUGGUGACGGUUGACAACCCCAACCAUGGAAGCUUUACCUACCAGAACAGCACAGCUUAUAUUUAUUAUCGAGGGAAUCUUGUUGCCGAGGCUCCACUGCAUGAGGACACCAUUCCAGCUCGUAAAGAUCAUAACAUAAGCACCACUGUCACUAUUUUUGUUGAUGCCGAAAAAUUUCAGGACUUACCCAAUGAUAAUGAGAGGGGCGUUGUAGAGUUUACCUCCACAACCACCUUAGUGGGGAAAGUCAAGGUAUUAUUGGAUCUCUUCAAGAUAAAGGCCACUAGUUACUCCAUUUGUCAUCUCUCUCUCUUCGUACGUGACCAAAGCAUCAAUUCUACCUGCAACUCAGAAAUCAAAUUUUGA